CACGGUGGCAGCAGCAUAGUGUGUGAAUUAUCUAUCCUCUGACAGCAAAAACAUCUGGCGGCUAAAUCAUAGCGUGACUGCGCCAUGGUAAUACCCCUGCAAGGAUUACGCGGCGAUAAGGUCGUUUGCACCAAAGUGGACGAGGCAGACGGAGCCCGCCGAUCCCCUGCCAUCGUGAGCGGGGUAAUAGGCUAAGAAGCUUCUCCUCCUCAAAUCCCGGAUACUGUACACUCCCUCCUCGUCAUCUUCAAAGAGAUGAACGAUGUCUCGAGUCUCAGAAUCGAUUAUUGUCUGUGCUGAGAACAUAGCGAUUGCUUCACUAUUUCACUCGAUUCCACACCCACCAUUGUCAAACCCUCAAAUACAAGUACCUCCGUCAGAUGAUCGGCAUACUCUCUCUUUGGACCACGAGCGCCAGAUAGCCAGUACAUUGGCUUUCCUCGCCCAUACCCGUAACGAUGCCGAAUACAUUCCCGCCGUAUGCAUCGAGGAGGAUUCCAAGAGUGAUGCUCUGAACGUGGUACUUGCAAUCAAUAAGGUCACCGCCCUCGAUGGGAAUGAUGUGCUUCACGAAGUCCAGCGGGGAUUUGAUGCACUUUUCGCCCUUCUUGCGAAGGUAUCUGUUAGUGACUGUUCAAGUGUCAAGGACCAGAUCUUCGAACUUAUUGUCUCAAUGUGUUCAUCUCGUAUCCUGUCCAGACUGCGGCUUUGUCCUUCAACUAAAGACAGGAUGAAAAGAUCUUUUAAGGAUACUCUCUACGAGCUUGGGCAGGCUCUCACACAUCUUAAGAAACACCUCCCGCAUGAUAGCAGUCUACUCGAGAGCCUAGAAACGGUGAGCAACAGGGCCAAGGAGACCAGAAAGGCUCUUGACUCCUGGUCUCGACAUCAAGUCACUCUACGACUGGUAGAAAUAGUGGAAAGUAUCUACAGGAUACAACAAAUCGGUCAGCUCCAGGCCCUUCUCGAUAGUAUACGCAACAUCCAUAUGAGCCCUAGUGCGAGGGAGAGCAUGGCAAACAUUGUUGGCAAAAUCUCUCGGUAUCGGGAAGCUGCUAGAUUUUUGUAUCGCAUAGCGAAGUGUGUCCCUCUGGCUCGGAAAAUGCGCACGGUACCUGUCUACCUGCCAGCAGAGGCUUUCGCAAGGCCGUAUACGGAGACUUAUACCCCAGAUCUGGUUAAGAAGAUCACCGAGAUGAGCUACAGAGGUACACAGCAGAAGCUUUUGAAAGAGAUAUGUAGCGUCCUUGAAAUGAAUGAGAAACAGGCCAAGAACCAAUUCUGUCGACAGGUCGAGAACAACCUGAAGAAAGCGAAAAUCCAUGCCGAGGUUCAAAUCAUCGCUUACGGUGAACUGCUGGGACGGCGACUUCCGCGAAUCAUCUGCUCCAGUAAAGAUGCCUGCUUUCUGUGCAACCUAUUUAUCGAGACUUACGGCAAAAUGUAUACACCCAGAUCCCAUGGAAGACUUUACCCUGCAUGGCGCUUGCCCUGUCUACCCCAGCUUGAGGGUUUAGAACAAAGAUUUUGCCAAGCAUUGCAGAACAAAUUGGAGGCGAGCUGUUCUGCACUUUUAGCAACGCGGCGUAGAGUCCUUCAUCCGCUUCCGGCUGAAAGUACGCUUUUUACACUCCCUUCGUGUGGCACAACUUCAACAGGAAACCUCUCAGUGAAGGGAAGUGAAUGCGAUCAGGAGGAUUUAAUGACUGGAUCCGAACUGGAACAAAGGUCUAGCUCUCAAGAGUGCUUUCAUAAUGGUAAUAGUGAGCGUCAAUGCUUGGAUUCGACAAGAAAGUCGGAAUCAAUAAUUUCUGGCGAUGAAAACUCUAUCGAAAAAAGCUCUUCCACAGAACCGAAACAUGAAAGGGCUUCAUUUCCCUCAAGCGAAAUCAACCAAGGUCACAAGCUCCGUGAAGCUGUGGGACCCAAUGGGACGUGUGGGCCUCUUUUUGCUGGCCCCUUUAAGAUUACCAUAGAGGCUGGAUCUAGUAGUCAUACCGUUGAGAUUGAAUGGCUCAGCAACAUGGACACCGAGACGGCACACGAGACAGCUCUGCUCAUAAAUGUCGAAGAGAUUCAUGGGGAAAUGACUCUUGAUGAUAAUCCGUUGUAUAUGACCGCUCGUGGAAAGGUUCUAAGACUCAGUUGGAGAAACGACGGAUGCUAGGAAGACUAACUCAAAGACUAGGAGUCGCGUGCGC